AUGAAUGACGCCUCUGGCGAAGAUGCUUUCCUGCGUCGCGCUCGUUUAAGCCAGCAACAGCGUUCCAUGAAUGCUACGGCGCCGCAGCAGUCUAUUCUGCCUGCACAGGGACAGCAUCAGCAACGGAGUCCAUUCAUCACCACUCCUGCUCAAGCAUCAUCAAAAGGUACGCCUUCCACUGUAAUUUUAUUGACCAAUAUGGUAGGGCCAGGCGAGGUUGAUGAUACAUUACAGGAGGAGACUGCUACAGAGUGUGAAAAAUAUGGUUCCGUUGUCCGAUGUCUGAUUUUUGAGGUCCAAAACGGAAAAGUACCUCCAGAAGAAGCUGUGCGUAUCUUUGUAAAGUUUUCCACAAUGGCAUCAGCAGAAAGAGCCCUUAAAGACUUGGAUGGACGAUUCUUUGGGGGGCGACAGGUGUGUGGCCGCUUUUUUGAUGAGCGACGAUUUGAACUUUUACAGCUUGCUCCAUAA